GAGUUAGGCAUUACGGAUUAAUAUUCUAUAUAGUGGCGUUAAACCAGGUCGCAAAAAUCUGUGAAGAGAAUGAAUACGAUAUAAAGCUACACAAUAGUUCAAGAAUUAUCAAUCUUUGUUGUAUCAAGUUCAAGGUUGCUCUUGCUGGAAAUGGUGAUUCCUCUUAUCCAAUCUGCAACAAUUGUGGUUGCCUCAUGUGCUAUAUUUCAUUUGGUUGAAAACGCUUUGCCAAAAUAUAUGCAUAGAAGAGAAUCAUGUCCAAUGCCUUUCGAUGUUUCUGUUUGGACAAAGGCUCAGGAGGAACGAAAUUGUUUCCAUAGUAUCGAUGAUGAUUCUAGUGAUAAACAGGAACAUGUUUAUCACUGCGUUCCAUCAGUUUUUCUCAACGAAACUAUUGUGUUUUGUGGCAAAAAUGUCCCCAUACAACCAGGAUUUUGCCCAAUUUACAACUACAAUCAUUCUGGAAUAAAUAAAGUUGCUAGCUACGUCAACUGCGGUCAUUUUGAGAAAGGAUGCCCUACUGAAUUAUACUAUUCAAAGGAUAUUUAUAAACAUGAAGCGUGUCUUCAGAUAAAUGUUGAAGACAGAUGUUACCUUGCUGAUCCGAAAUGUCCCAAGCGUUCAUCACAGUUUGAUUCCACCACUGAAACAGCAAACAACAAUCAUGAAAGGAUAGUAACAAAAGCAAAUGAUAGUGGUACAAGGUUUGACUCCACCACUAAAACAGCAAUCAACACUCAUGAACUGAUAGUAACAAAAGCAAAUGAUAAUAUCACAAGACUAGAAAAUAGGAUCAACGGAAUAGAGAUCAUCCUUAUCAUACUGGCUGUGCUUUGUGGAUUGAUCUUCAUCGUGGUCGCAUUGUACAAAUAUGUAAUUCAUCGUAAUCAAACUCCACAUGCCAGAAUCCCGUCUACUAACAAGAUUGAUGACAACGACAAGGGAUAUUUUGAGAUGGACGUGUACACACCGCUGAACGAGAACACAUCGUCGAACUUAUACACACCGCUGAACGAGUCGCUGAAUUCUACAAAUUUAAAUAAUGGAAGCAAUUCAUCGAACGACUACGUAAAUUAUUCAUCAGAUACUAGCCUAAAAGGCGUCAACUUCACAACAACUGAACAAGACAAUACUGUAAUCAGCGAAACUUACGAAAACGAGACUACAAAAGUUACAGACCAGCGCAUAAGUACCAGGGACAUUUCCGUUCAGACAGGAUCCAAGAAAACUGAUCACUCAGAAUUACAACGUGAGGAUUACAACUCUGAAAUGAUAGAAGAUGCUAUCACAAAUGGAGAUUUAAAUGCAUUAAGUCAGCAACUUAAACUUAUCACAAAGUACAAUGUCAACUCGCUCAUACGUGGUAGAACACCACUCUGUAUUGCAGCAGAAAAUGGUCAUGAAUCGAUGGUUGAAUUUCUAAUAUAUUUAGGGGCUGGCGUUAAUUGCAAAUUUAAUGAGAAUGCAUUAUAUAUAGCCUGUAAGAACAAUUUUAAGGAAGUUGCUCGUGUUUUACUCUGUCAUGGAGCGGAUCCAAACAGGUGUAGCAAUGAAAACGGUUAUUAUCCUAUUCACAUUGCAACUGAACUGGGGCAUUCGAAUAUCGUGUCUAAACUUCUAACAUACAAAGCUAGAGCUGAUGUUCUUUCCAGGGAUGGAGUAACUCCUUUGUGCUUAGCUGCUAGAAAGAAUGACUUGACAACUCUCCAAAUCAUUUUGCAAAAAACAGAUGUCAAUCUGAAAAGUAAAAUGAGCACAAAAGCUCUUCAUGUCGCUUGCAAAAAGGGGUUUACAGAAAUUGUAAACUGUUUAUUAGAUUCUGGGGCGGACACCGAUGUUAUGACCAAGGAUAAAAGAUGGCCCCUGUGUAUUGCAGCGAAAGGUGGAUUCGUUGAUGUGGUUGAUAGGCUACUUGCAGCAAACGCUGACGUUAACUUGCGCGGAAAAAAUGGAGAAACGGCCCUAAAGGCUGCAGUUGAGCGUGGAAAUAAGAACAUAGAUGUUGUAGAAAAACUAUUAGAAUCGAGAGCAAACUUACACGAAACAUUUCAUGACAAAUAUCAAGUAUUACACAUCGCCUCUGAAUGUGGUCACGAUAGGAUUGUAGUUCGUCUAUUAUUGGCUGGUGCGAAUAUCGAUAGUGUCUGCGAAAAGGGAGAAACGGCUCUUUUAAAAGCAAUCAAAAGAAAACAUUCCAAAGUAGCGGAGAUUUUGAUUGACAGAAAUGCUAAAAUCCAUAUCCCACGUAAAGAUGGUCGCACAGCUUUUCUCAUUGGCGCCGAGAACGGGUGUCUAUCCAUUCUUAAAAAUAUCUUGAAUAGAUAUGAUAAUAGAAGAUCUAUUGACAUAAACAGUAUUGACAAUCAUGGAAUUACGGCAUUGUAUGUUGCAGUUCAGGGGAACCAUGGUGCCACCGUACGGUUACUGUUGUCGAAAGAAGCAGAUCCCAAUAUUUGCAACAAUGAAGGCAACAGCCCUUUACAUGUUUCUUGUGAAUUGGGCUUAGUAAAAAUUUCUGAACUGUUGUUGAACAACUCCGCAAAAGUCAACCAGUGUAACAACAAGGGAAAAUCACCAUUGAUGAUUGCAAUAGAAGAAAACCACCCUAAACUGGUGUCUUUCUUAACGAAGUAUGGAGCCAAAAUUAUGGACAAGCAUUCGGAAUGUCCUCUGAAUUAUGCAAUUCGUCAAGGAAAACCAUUAAUUGUCGAUGUACUUCUUAAAACAACAAAAUUGUUAGAAAUGCAAAACUCUCAGUUCCCAUUACAUUUAGCAUGUGAGCAAGAAGAUUCGGGUAUAGUACAAAUCUUGAUUGAGCAUGAAGCAGACGUAAAUUUGCGCGAUACCGAAAAUAACAGUCCUCUGAUUGUUGCUGUUAAAAAUAACAGGCUGUCAGCGGCAAGAAUGCUUUUGGAAAACAACGUGGCGGUCAAUAUGCCAUGUAUGGAUCAAUCCUCCCCUCUUCACAUUGCAUGUGAUAAUAGAAACGUUGAUAUGACAAUGUUGCUACUUCAGAACAAUGCUGACAUUAGUCUUACUGAUGGUCGCGGUGAAUCUCCAUUCUUUCUUGCAUCCAAGAAUGGUUCUGAUGAUUUAAUUGAGAUAUUUCGGACACAAAGUUCCUCACGUGAUGCUUUGAAGCAACCGAAAGUUGUCAACCAAAAAUCCAGAGAUGGCACUACGGCUUUAAUUGCUGCCUCAAGAGGUGGACAUGUUAAGGUUGUUCAACUUUUGCUGAAAAAUUAUGCGCAGUUAAUUGACGUAAACUGUCCUCAAAAUGACGGGUCUACAGCUCUGUUUCUUGCAGCAAAGGAAGGACAUGUAGAAAUUGUAAAGCUUCUGAUCAGGUACAAAGCAAAUGUGAACAUUUGCAAAUCCCAAGGUGAAAGUCCUUUACUAGUUGCUGUAGAAAAUGGUCACGAAACUAUCGUCGACGUUCUGCUUCGUUCAAAAGCACAUAUCGAUGUGCAAAGAAGGGAUGGAUCGGGCAUUCUGUUAGCGGCAUCUAGAAAUGGCAAUGAAAAUAUCCUACGUUUACUCUUGCUUAGCAACGCUAACAUUGCAGAAUGUGAAAAUGAAAGUAGAGUUUCCCCCUUUUACUAUGCAAUUGAGCAAGAUAAUGAUACGGUAAGCGAAAUACUGAUACAGUCUGGCGCAAACCCCAACGUUAAAUGGGAAACCGGGAAAACACCUCUACUUCUGGCAACAGAACGUGGCAAUACAAAUAUCGUGAAAACACUUUUGCUUCAAAAAGCAGACGUGACACAAAGGAAUCUCGAGGGUAAAACAGCACUAGAGAUUGCAAAAGAGAAAAACUUUAGAGACAUAUAUGAUCUAUUAAAAGCUAAAUAUGACGGAAAAGGAAUGCUGAAGUAAUUCUAUAUGACAUGGUGUCGAUUGAAAGUAUAUUUCGGGAUAAGCUCAGAUCCAAUGAAGGAUUUUAGCAUUCAUUUUUCAUACUUGUCCUAUUUUGUUAGUCAACCAAUCUGAAGUUGACAAUUUACUGUUGACAUUUUUUCGCAGCAGUUUGUAAAACUAUGAAUAGAUUUUCUUACAAUUCCAUUAUAAUUACACGUGGUGACAUUCCCCCGGUUUUUUUUUUUUUUUUGGUUUUUUUUUUUUUUUUUUUUUUUGGUUUUUGGUUUCUUUUUGGGUUUUUUGUUGUUGUUGUCAAUUUUCAUACCAUCAUUAUUGUCACAAUAUAUUGCAUAACUAUUACUUUAAUGAGUGCUUAUAAAAUCCAGAUUUCAAAAGCUUGACGAAAAAUGUUGCAUUUUUAUAACACAGUCACUGUACAAACUUUCUUUGUAAAGAUUAUUUGAUAGUACAUGUGCAUAAACUUGUAUGGAUUGAAUGUUAAUGAAACUUUCAUUCAUUACAUGGUUUCAAUAAAUGUACUUUUUUCAUUUUAAGCUAAUAACUAAAUGUUUCAUUAAAUAUCAACACAAUAUUCUUGUCAAUUUGAAAUGUAUAAUGGAGCGAUACAACUCAAAAGUUUUUUUAAAACCAAAAAUGAAAUAUCGUUCGUGGACUUUUUUGUGCGUAGAGUAAUCUCCCUUGGAUAAUACUAUAGUACUAUAAAUGAUUUUUAAACCUUGCUAUCGAAUUGUUUGUAAUUUUGAUGGAACCAAGCAUUUGUAAAUAAAGUUUGAUGAUUCAGUCA